AUGUCCGAUUCGUCUUCGAUUACAAUGCACCGCAAGUACGUUGACCCUUGGGACCUGGACCUGAGGGAGGUGUCGUGGAGGCACUCCAGUGACACGACAGACUGUUCGGCAGACCACCAAGUAGUGUCACUGUCGUCGGCGGCCGGACCGGUGUCCACGCGAUCCGAAUUCGUAUACGUGCCGGGUCCGGCGAAGAGCAACAAGUCCCCCGUCGGUAGAACAAGAGCUCGGUCGGUGGCCCGGUACGACUGUUGCCAAUGCUCACCUAGUUCAUCGUCUCUGGCCCUCGUCCCGCCCGAUCCAAACGAAAAUCUAUAUGAGUAUUGGGAAGCUGGUUGCAAACCACCACCAUACUGCAGGUACCCUGCGGUCGAUAACCAUUUCUACCCGGUCACUGGUGGAUCUUCGAAACAACAAUGUCGUCUACUAUACAACGUCUCCAGGCCGGAAGUCCACCGGAACUCGCGUUACAACAACGGGUAA